AUGGAAAAAGCAGAGCAAGUGAUCGACAUCAACAACUACAGAGUGGGCGCUGAGUUUAUCUACCAUAAUAAAGACGUAUUUUUAAAGAAAGCAGGCCUUGAUGACGAGUGCAUGGGAGAUGGAAGGAUUUUUGACGAAAUGAAAAGCUACUUUAUACUUCCGCUCAUAAGAGACUGCAUCUACUGGCCCAUUGAGUUCAUAAGGAAUCUUCUCCAUUUUGGAUUCAAAGAGUUUCUCUAUGUCGCAUGUUUCUACCUGUACAUGUGCAUAUACGACCUAUAUUCAAUAUACUUCCACUCCAUGCACCUUAUGCUGACGCCUUUGUGUGAUUUUUUCAUUUUUCUUCCCGCUAUUCUCGCACAGACCAUCGACUCUUAUGAUAGCGCAGGGUGGUGGGGAUAUUCCCUUGUGUACAUUCUCCUGUGCUACCUUGUGGUCUACAUUCCCCGGGUGUUUUUGAUCACAAUAGAGAGCACAAAAAGAACGCUGUGGAUCUUUGGAUUUAAGGCGUAUGGAUUUGAAAACUACUCCUAUGCAAUUGCCUGCGCGCUGUCUCUGCUGUAUGGUGCCAGCACUGCAAUGUUCUUCUACAGCCUUAAGUUCCACCUCAUCACGUCGAUCUCAGGGCGCAGAAGCAUCCCAGAUCUGUACAUGCGAGACUGCGCAGCUUCUCUCGUUAUAUUUUCGAUAGUGCGGAUGAUAUUCCUGCACACCGAGUACUUGCUUACAAAGACGCCCUUUAAAAAGAAGAAUCUUCUCGUUUCCAGAAGAGACGUGUUUGAGCUGAAAAAACCGCUCAUAGUGUUCAUGGUGUACACAAUGGCCAUCUUGGGGUCUUUGAGCUUUCUGUACACAUACUACUCGAUUGCACGAGCAGUGCAGGACACAAGCAUAGUGGAAGACGUAAAGUGCAUAAACUAUGUAGCAUCCAAGGUCUGUGCAGAUCCUUUGGAGCUGGUGCUGGACAUAAGCAAAAAAAGCCUGAAAAAUCUGUUUAAGGCAUGCAUGGACACAAUCAGCAAGUACCUUGGCAAAGCUAAAGAAGUCACAGAAAAACUCGCGGAUGAAACAGACAAGCUGGCUCAGAAAGCUGGGCUGUUCAAGGACGAUCCCCCAACCGUAGGAUUCUGGAACAACUUUGUAGCAGACAUUUCAGCACUUUCGUACAGCUUUUGA